GGCCCAACAACACUACACCGUAGCACAAAACCCUCCUUCUGGGCCACUCGCCGUCACCCCCAAGUAGAAGAAGCUACCAUGCCGCGUACUAUUACCGCCGAGAGCCCUGGCUGCCCUCGUCUCCGGGCCUUAACCUUCGAUGUACUUGGACUCAUCAAAGUGAUUGAAGCUCGUGGCGGCGAGCAAAAGGAAGCUCCGGCUGUGGUGGAACGGUGGGGCGCCCCGGAUUCCUCAAGAUGCGUGCUUGCUACUUCCAUGAUUGACCGCGAGCAUGACCCUUUGCUUGGUGUUGCAAGAAAAAAUGGCACGAUUGAGGUGCUUAGUCCUAUCAAUGGUGAUGUUCGCCUUGCUAUUCCAAGUUCUAGUGGAAGUGGAAGCGUGAGUGAUGAUGAUGCGAUUGUUGCAUUGCAUCUUUUCAGUAAGCAGAGAUUGGAAUCGUCAUUGAUGUCCUGUACCUUGCUUGAUUGCACAACAAAAGGACAGGCAAGAAUAAGGUCUUUUGAAAUCCCUAAGUCACUUGGAGAUUCUGUUACUGAGAGUUCACAAACUAUAUGGGAUGUAUGUGGUUCGGGUAACAUUUUGUGCUCCAAAGUAGACAGCAGUGAGCAUUAUGCUUUGUUUGCAGGGAAGGGAGUUGAAAUUAAUGUGUGGGAUCUGGAACAAAGUGGUAAAAUCUGGGUUGCAAAAUCUCCUCCUAAAAACAGUCUUGGCAUCUUUACCCCAACAUGGUUUACAUCUGCAACAUUCCUAAGUAAGGAUGAUCAUCGCAAAAUUAUAGCUGGCACUAACAACCAUCAGGUGCGUCUUUAUGAUAUUUCUGCUCAGAGAAGACCUGUCAUUUCAAUUGAUUUUCGAGAAGCACCCAUUAGAGCUGUUGCUGAAGAUCUAGAUGGUUGGACAGUGUAUGUAGGAAAUGGGUCAGGUGACCUUGCUUCAUUUGAUAUGCGUACAGGGAAGCUUUUGGGAUCCUUCUUGGGUAAAUGUUCUGGAAGUAUUCGAUCCAUUGCUAGACAUCCAGAGCUUCCAGUGAUCGGCUCCUGUGGGUUGGACAGCUAUUUGCGCAUUUGGGAUGUAAAGUCACGGCAACUUUUGUCCGCGGUUUUCUUGAAGCAGCAUCUUACAAAUGUUGUUUUUGAUUCUCAUUUUAGCAAUGAAGCUCCGCUACCUCAAGAGCCACAAGAUGUGAGUGAGACACAAGAAGAAUGUGAAGAAGAGACUACAAUGCCAACGAAAAGGAAGAAAGCAUCUAAAGACCACAGUCGAAAAAAGAAGCUCAAGAGCAAUAAAACAGCUCGUCAAGACCCAGAGCAGCAAGAUGUGAGUGAGAUGUCUCAUUCUGAAGACCAAGAAAACUGGCUAAAUGACGAAGCUGAAGAGGAGACGACGCCCCCUAGAAAAGAAAAGGUAUCUAAACGACACGGUGGCAAGAAGAAGAAAACAGGCAAGAGAAAAGGAGACAGCAGCGUGUAGUGAUCUUACUCAUAAUUUGCUUCACAUCCAACGAACUUCUACACUAGCUACAUUGACCAACUCUCAAUUCAUGCCAUUCAAAAGCUAUGCUGAACUAUUGGCGCAUUUUGAACGGGGCUCUAGCCUCACAUCCAAUUUUGCCGGCUAGUUUAAUUUUGUGCUAUAAGUAAAUUAUUUCCUUUUAUUUUGUCCUUUGUAUACGACUUUGCAAAUGAGUGGAUGCUGGUCAACAAUAGGAUCAACAUAUGUGUGAGUGGAUGCUGGUCAACAGUAGGAUCAACAUAUGUGUCAUUGAUCUUCUGUUCUUUUUGUAUGAUGUAAUGCACUGGAUCACAUGAACUGAACAAGUCUGCAAUGACAUAUUAAUCUCAUGUUUUUUAUCA